GAUGAGUGCCAUCGUUACGAUAUUAUUAUAUUUAUUCCUAUAAGCCACCUAAUAAGUAUGCAACCAGUUAUGCGUUCGUGCUUAGAACGGGUUACCUAGAUUUGUGACCAAAUAUAAUAGAAGGUUGGUACUACGCUUGGGGAAUUCUGGUCUUAGCUUGUGGCUGUACGGCUUCCGACGGAGGGGCAUGUCAUAUCGCCCAUCGGAGAGGAUUGUCACUUCAAUUUUCAAUCUGGUUGGAUGAACAAGUAAAUUUUUCCGUGGUCACUGUUUAAAGAAUACAAUAUUUAGUUAAAAUAUUCAUUUAUUAUAAGAUUGGUUUAUUUUGGAAGGAGCUAUUUUUGUUUUGGGAUUUGUGCGGUGAGAGGAAGAGUUUUAUUUCCAAGUUUCCUUUUGGAAAACAGUGGCCACGGAAGAAAAUAAGAAGAUGGAAAAUUAAGUCAAUCAUACUUUAAUUUGUUUUUUUGGAAUACAUAAUCAUUUUGGGGAUAUUUUGGAUGGAAUGUGGAUGUUUUGUUUGGUUUUUGUGGAAUAAAAGUUGAGUUUUCCGAUACUGGGCAGCUACCUGCUUGCCGUACCUUCCUGUUGGUGUGGAGUACCUCCCUAGGGUUGGGAACCAGAGGAUACCUUAUUUGGCUCUCCCCUCAUCAUCUUCACCGAAGGUUGGAAGAAGCAAUCCGCCUACUUUUUGUAGGGACAGGUUUUUAUAUAACUAAAUUUGCAUGUCAAUUUGUUUUAAUAAUAACUUCCAAUUUUACUAUUUUUUUCUCUUCGUAUCAAUAACUUUCAAAUCACUCUAAUAAUAAUAUACCCUCAUUGUUUUUUCUUAACCAUAAUUAACAUAAUAUUCAAUAUUUUUCAACAAUUUUUAUUAUAUUUCACCCUUAUUUAAUUUAUUUAAAAUAGCCUGGGAUUUAUAAACCAUAUGUAAGAUAAUGUGCACAGUAUCUAGGUCAUAUCCUAUUUAAUAAUAUUUAUUCCAGUUGUCGGAUGUUGUCACCUCCGAUUAGAUACGGUAUUGUCAACCAAUAUUGUAACCCUCAUUAAUAAUAAGUUGUUAAGGUAAAUACCUAUUCAUACUAAAUUCAUUACAUUUUUUUUUUCUACUGUAAAACCUGCAUUAUCGACAGCAGUGUACUAGCCUAGUACGUCGGAUAAUUAGCUAGUGUAAAAAUUGUAUAUAGGGUAUAUAGGUUUUUUUUAUUAAAUGUGGUUGUACAUACUUAUAUGUUUUAUUAUCCUACCAUUUUAAUAGUACCAUUUUAAUAGUAUCAGUUAGGUACAGCAAUAUAGGUCACGUGGAGAAGAAUUUAUAAAAUUCUUCCCUGGCGCUCAACACUACUUCUGAAUAUCUUCUUGGUCAGUAAUUCCCUUUCUUUUCAUUACUCCUUAUAUUCAUUUAUUUUCUUUAUCAUUCCAGUAUUUCAUUAGGUACCGUCUUACUAGGGCGUGCAAAUACGGCCUGAUCCUUCCCUGAGCCCUACUGUUUAGUCUCUUCAAUUUCCAGCUAGCCUAUUUUGAGGAAACUUCCAUAAAUAAGUAAUUAUCCUUUAAAGCUAUAUCUAUUCUGCCACAACAAAACCUCGUUUUUGUUACAAUUGACGCUCGCCAACGUGGAGCCCGAUUUUCAGUAAGACAGUACCUUUCUUUAUUUUGUUGCUUAUUGUAAAUUUUUCUAGUAAGUAUCUUUCUGGUUCAUUGUUGUAUAUUUUGUAAUUAUAUAGAGAUAUUUUUUUUGAUUCCUUUUGUACGUUAUUUGGAAAAUACACCAGUGCACUUGUAUUGCUGUAUUGGUACUAUUUUAAUUUAUUUAAAAUAAUAAUUGUAAAUCGUGAGUAGGAUAAUAUUUGAACAGGUAUAUUGGUUGACAUUUCGGUCUGGUCGGUUUGGUGAUACCUGGAUAUUUAUUUUGAAAAAAUUUUGAAUGAUUUAUUUUUUUUUGAUAUCUAGGUACAUUACUACUUCUGAUUUAGGUGCAGCCACAAUAUACUACAGUUAGUUAAAUUUUUGCUUACCAUACCUAUAUAUAAUUUAUAAAGUUUUCAUUUUUUUUAUAUACAUUUUCGUUUAAACAGUUACUUAAAUUAUUUUAAAUAUCUACCCCAAAUAUAUAUCUCGGUUAUAUUUGGUUUGUCGGUUUAUUCGGUCGUUAGUUUAGCAGCUCGUCAGUUGAGCAGCUUGUUUAGUAGAUUGUCGGUUAAUUGGGUCGUUAGUUUAUUGGGUUGGGUUCGGUUUGUCGUUGUUGGGUUGGGCUUAUUGUUACUAAAUUUUUCCUACCACCAUGUGUACCUUUCAGCCAGAGCAUUUAUUAGUUAAGGAGGUAGAUUAUGAGUUGAGGAUAAGAGAAAUAGAGGUUGAAGAAUCCGCUAAAUGUGAUAAAAAACGCAGUCUAUUGCGUGGUGCUCUUAAACAAGAGCAAGGAAAUAGGAGUUUCCGUCAGAUUUCAGCUGCAGCUAUUCCUUUCCUGGAACAACAACAAGGAAUAAAUGAGACACUAGAGGAUCUUACGCAAAAGAUAAAUAAUUUUAGAGGGACUGUCCAUGAUAGCAUGUAUUCUAGAUACAUUUCACGUCUUGCUCAUAUCUCUGGUCGUGUCCACUUAUUAUGUUGCUCAGAUGAGGAGCAACAACUUUACAAACGCUCUAUGUCCAUCAGGAUUCUCAGUCUAGAAGGUGAACUCGAUUCUCGAGUAAAUCCUCUAGCCACGUCCACUCCUGUUUCUUCAGUUCAAGCCUCUAAUUCCUUGUUACAUCCCAAGCCUGUGCAGGUACAUAAGUGGGGAGUUUCGUUUUCUGGUGAAGGUCAUUAUGACCAAGUAAUUUCAUUUUUAGAUAGGGUAGAAUGUCUUCGUGUUUCGAGAGGUGUGAGUGAGGAAGAUCUUUUUUCGGCUUCUGCCGAAUUAUUUACAAGCCAUGCUUUUACGUGGUUUAUGAACAACCGUGGUAGCUUUACCACUUGGACUGAUUUGGCUCAGAAACUAAAAUCUGACUUUCUGCCGUACUCUUUCCAAACUGAUCUCUUAGACGAGAUCAAGAACCGCAAGCAGAAACCGGGAGAAUCAGUGACUAUGUUUAUUAACACCAUGUUGGGUAUGUGUAGUCGUUUAGAUACUCCUUUAACAGAUCAUGCAAAAAUAAAGAUAAUUUUAAAAUGUUUGUUACCCUUUUACCAUGCCCAAUUGGCACUGGUUGAUAUAGCCACUAUAGAAGACCUCACAGAAAAAUGUAAACGCUUAGAGGAAACUCUAUCUUGGUCUCUUAAUUCCCCUACCACUUCGCAAUUCAAUUCUGGUCCUGUUGGUUUUAAUUCUCAACCCUCAAGAAAUCGUUCUUGGCAAUCUAGACCCCAUACACCGAAUGUGUCUGUGACUACUUAUUCUUUGUCUUGCUGGAAUUGUCAGGUUGUUGGUCACACAUUUCGGGAUUGUACCAGACCCCAAACACGGAUUUUCUGUCACGGUUGUGGUAGAGAAAAUACGCUUAAACGUAACUGUUUUAAGUGUUCGGGAAACGAGCAUGCAGAGGCUCGUACCCUGAGCGUUCCUCAAACAGCAACCCCAUCAGGGAAUAUGACCGCAGCUGUAGACGAAGCUUCAGGUCCAAUACCCGCCAGCAGCUCAAACACACCCUCUCAGGAAGGAAGAAACACUUCCAACCGGAGACCAGCACGCCAACCGAAAUCAGGGAAAAAGUAAUUGUUAGUAACACUUCAGUUGACUCGUACGGUUCGCUUGAUCGUAGAUUAUCCCCUCCAGUAUUAAGCUGGAAUUUUAGUAAUAAGCAUAAUCAAGGCGAGGAAACAGUUCCAAAUUCUAUACCUGGUUGUACGUUUGUAAAUAAUAAUAAUAUGUCUAUGUUAAUACCAGAUAAUUUUGAAAAUAAAUCAGAUAUUUUGGAUUUUGAUAUAAAUUCGUUAUUAGUUAGGAAACAUAAUGAUAACCGACCUUAUCUUGAAAUUGAAAUUUUAGGACAAUCUUGUUUAGCUCUAUUAGAUAGUGGUUCUAACAUUUCUUUAAUAGGUUCGAAUUCGCUGAAAUUGUUAGAAAACACGGAUAUUAAUGUUAUGCCUAUUUCUUCUUUACAAGUCUCUACUGCAGAUGGUGCUAUCCAGUCAAUUACAGGUAAAUUUGACACAGAAA